AGAGAGAGAAAAUAUAGAAAGAGACCCAAAAAACUUUGACAAAAAAAAAAAAAAAAGUUGGAAUUUUCCAUCUUUUUCACCAAAAUGAAAACCUCCAUGGCUGCCUAAACACAAACACAAACAGAGAAACACAAGCCAACAAUGGAGCAAUCUUUGUUAUUUUCUGAGAAUCUAACACCCCCUUCUUUUCAGGUGAUUGUUAUAAAUGCAAAUAUGAGUUGCAAAGGAUGUCGCCAAAGAGUCUCUCAAAUUGUCUGUAAAAUGUCUGAAUUAGUGGAGUUCACCAUAGAUGUGACAAAAAGACAAGUGAUUGUAAAAGGAAAUGUCAAAUGCCAAAGCAAGAAUGAAGAAAAUACUAUGAAGAAGUGCAAUUCUCUCAAAUCCCCCUCCCCCCAAUUUUCAAACAAGUGCUUUUGACUUUUUGUUCUUUCGUUGAUCCAAGUAGAUAUUACAUAUACUCAUAUUAUUAUUAUUAUCAUCAUCAUUAUGAAG